ACGGUCCCGAGCUCCCUCCCGACUCCUGCCCCGGGAACCGCACCUGGGUCCGGGGGGCACGGGCGGCUCUUUGGUGCCGCGCCACCGGCAACCCCCCCCCCAGCCGUGGUCUGUGCCCGCGGGGGGGUCCCGGUGGGCACCACCCGGCCCGAGCCCGUCACCCGCGACCGCGCCGGCACCUACGAGUGCAGGGCCACCAACGCCCUGGGCACGAGGAGCCAAAGGGUCACCGUCAGAGUCGAGUAUGAGCCCACCCUGUCGGAGGGGGGGUGCCCCUCGCACCGGGUGUGGGUGGAGGGGCAGCGACGGGACCCGAGCUGGUGCCGCGCCCACGGGGACCCCCCGCCCAGCACCCGCUGCCACCGUGACAACGGGGCCACCAACCCCCCCCACGGGGCCACCAACCUCCGCCACGGGGCCACCACCCCCCACAACGGCACCAGGGACACCCCCCGAGGUGGCACCCGGGACGCCCCUCGUGGGGGUCCCGCCCGUGCCCCCCGGGGCGGCCGCGUGGUGUCCAGGGCCGACGCCGGGCGUUACCUGUGCCGGGCCACCAACAAGCAUGGGGUGGCCACCAGGAGUGUCCUGGUCACCGUGGAGUACGAGCCGAGCAUUCCCGAGCCGGGCUGUCCGGAGCGGCGGCUCUGGCUGGAGGGGACCCCAGCCCAACUCGGCUGUGCCGCCACCGGGAACCCCCCGCCCCGGGUCACCUGUGCCAAAGUGGGGGACAGUCGGGACCACCCCCCGGUGACAGCCGAGGGGGUGGGGGACACGUGGGGCCACCCCUUGGUGACACCCAAUGUCACCCGGACUGAGCUGGGGGACACCCGGGACCCCCCCUGGGUGCCCCCCAACGUGACCUGGACCAAACCGGGGGACACCCAGGACCCCCCAGUGUCCCCCAGUGCCACCUGGACCAAGGCGGGGGGCCCCCGGGACCCCUCCUUGGACCCCCCCCGGGUGCCCCCCACCGUGACCCGCGCCCACGCCGGCACCUACCAGUGCCGGGCCACCAACGCCCACGGCUCUGCCACCCGCAACGUCACCGUGGCCGUCGAGUACGGUCCCGCCGCCGUCACCCUCCGGGCUCUGCCCUCUGCCAACGUCACCCGGGGCAGCUCCUUCAGCCUGGACUGCGGCGCCGAGGGGGUCCCGGCGCCCACCUUCGCCUGGGCACUGCCCCCCGCCCCCAACCUGCGCCUGGGCCCCGACAACCGCUCGGUGACCGUCACCGGGGCCACCGCGGCCAACCGGGGCCUCUACACCUGCACGGCCACCAACCGGCACGGCCGCGGCGCCGGCAGCGUCCUGGUCAGCGUGGACG